AUGCAAGUUGGACCUGAUUAUGGGCCAAAAGGAGACGAGCCCAAGGGAAAGGGGAAGUUAGUAGGGAAAAAUAACAAGGCCAUACCCUCAGAAGCCCAAUGCAGUAGCCCAAAGUCUGGACCGACGUCACAAGGGAGAUUGGCCAUUAAUAAGGAAUUAAAUAAAAAUAAGGAAGGAUUCAAUGUUGGCCCUUUAAGAGUAGCCCAGGUAACACUCGACGAAACAUACGACGGUAACAGUCUUGGUGACAUCGGUGGGCAAUCUUCGAUGGAAUUGGAGGCUGGUGGGGACGAAUUGGAGGAUAGGGGAAGAAGGGAGAGGCCGCCGGUGGGAGAGAUACGCAUACAGGAUGAUUAA